AUGGUCCUCUGCGAAUACCGUGAGCGCAAGAAGCCCGGCCUGAGGGCUGGAUAUGGCCGGGAGCUGGAGCAGCGGCUCGACAAGCUCGAAGGCAUCUUGAGGUCCCAUUCCGAGAUCCUGCAAACUUCCUUUGCCAACCAUGUACCCCAUCAAAAUGGCGCCCCAAGCGUGCGCCAUAGCAAUCCGAGCCUUCCGAGUGACCAUGGCACCCCGCGUGAGCCUGCUGCAUCCGUCUUCAGGCCACAUGAGUCCAUCAGGACACCCCAGGCACAGACGGCCUUGUUCCUGCAGAAACCCUCCAAUUUCACCCAGAACAUCGAGUUCGGUAUCCCACCGCCUACACCGUCGAUACAUUCGGUGCACGAUGGCUUCCACGCCCAGAUACCACUCGCCGGUAUAUCGCCCCCGAACCAGUUGCCCGCUCUCCAGCAAAACUCCGCCACCCACGAGUACUACGGACCGUCUCAAUCCUCACUGCAGUCGCCCGGCUUGACCGUCGCCCAGAGCCAGAGCCAGAGCCAGAUAUCCUCGGAUCAGGAUCUCCCCCCUUACGAUCUGCUGUAUGCCUUGGCAGAUCUCUAUUUCAAGCACAUCAACACUUGGUGCCCCAUCCUGCAUAGAAAAGCCACACUGGACCUACUGUUCGGCCCUUCUACGCUGGAUGAGACGGACAAGGUGUUGAUGCAUGCCAUCGUCGCCACUACUCUGCGAUACUCAACAGACGGCCGACUGACCGAGGAGAGGAGGCGGCACUAUCAUGAUGUCUCGAAACAGAAAGUGCUGCUCUACGGCCUGGAAAACUCGUCCGUCAAGGCCCUCCAGGCUUUGGUCAUCUUGGCACUUGAUCUGUGUGGUGACAGCAAUGGGCCACCCGGUUGGAAUAUCAUGGCCCUGAUCACGCGGUCCGUUGUACAGCUUGGCUUGGCCGUCGAGAGUAAUUCCUUGUCCGUCUCACCCAACUACGCCUCGAUAUACACGCUGAGAGCCAUGAUCCUUCCGGAAUCGAAAGACUUCAUCGAAGACGAGUCGCGCCGGAGGCUCUUCUGGAUGAUAUACCUCUUGGACAGAUAUGCUACGAUAGCUACGGCUUUUGACUUUGCCCUGAGCGACAAUGAGAUUGACAGGACACUGCCCUGCCGGGAUGAUCUUUGGAUCAAGAAUCAGAAGGUAGAGACGAGAUGGUUCCAUACGCAGGCCUAUCCGCCCGAUAGGACCGAGCGUGAAGUGGACAGGCCUGAUAAUCUGGGGGCUUUCUCGUACUACAUUGAGAUCCUCGGGAUACUCUCCCAAAUCCAUCAGUUCCUCAAGCGGCCUGUGGAUAUCGGUGCCCUUGGUGAUGUAGAGCAGUGGCAGCUGCGGUACAAAGAACUCGACAACCUGCUUGCGUCGUGGAAGUUUGGCCUCCCGGGCGAAUACGGCAACAUGGCCAAAUUGUUCCAACCAGGAUGCAACAAGACCUUGAACAGCGGAUGGGUCAUGCUGCACGCUACCUAUCACACCGCGGUCAUCCGCCUGCAUUCUUCUGCCGCGUAUCCGACCACCCGCUCUCCCAUAUUCACGCCCUCCUUCAGCGCAAGCCAGCGUUGCCAUGGGGCCGUCGAGAACAUCGCCGCUCUCGGUGAGUUUGUUGUACAGAAUGGCAUGUUGAACAAGCUUGGACCUCCUUUCGCCUUCACUCUGUGGGUUGCUGCCCGGCUUCUGCUGGUACACGGCUCGACUGUCGAGCACAAGCUGGCGCCGCAGAUCGCCUUCCUCGUCGACACAUUGCGCGACAUGGGCAGGCACUGGCCCGUGGCAGCGAGGUACUGCCAGCUCCUCCAGAGAGUUCUCGACGAACACAGCGAUAGCGAGCGCGCCCUCGGUCAGACAGGAGAACGCAUCACGCCGUCUUCGGUCAAGAUUCUCGCUGAUAUGAGGAGAACGGCAUUUGACCUCGACUUCCUGAUCGGUCGCCAGCCGCGUCAUCUAGCCGGCGCGCCGAGCCGCAUGCCUAGCGUAACCCCAGCACGUACACCUGCGCCGAACGAGCUCGAGUACCUGGAUGUGUUCGACUUCUUUAACGUACCGAGGCUGCCUUUCAGUCAUGAAGCCUCGGCAGCACCACCAAAUACCAACGAGAUGGGCUCAGAAACCGUGACGGGUAACAACGAGAUGGGCGCUACGAACGGGAAUGGGCCAGCGAAUGAGUUCAACAUUACGAAUUUCAUGGUGGAUGCCAAUAGCGACUGGCUAUUUAAACAACCUACGUAG